AUGCCUGAAGACUGUGUGCAACGGAUCAUCAAGGUAGGAAAGAAGAGUCUACCAUCUGUUUUGACCAGAGGGAUGGGAAUAGACGUCAAUUCUGCCAUAAUCACUGAAGAUGAUUGGAGAAAUCCUAUCAUAAAUUACUUGCAAUAUCCAACCUUGCCCUCUGAAAAGAGAGUCAGAAUCAUGGGUUUAAACUACCUUAUGUGGAAUGGAGAUUUGGUCCGAAAAAGCAAGGAUGAGGUACUUCUAAGGUGCCUUGGAAAGAAAGAAUACAUGAAGGUCAUGGGAGAAACUCAUGAAGGAAUCUGUGAAGCACAUCAAGGUGGAAGGAAAAUGUGCUGGAAGAUUAGAAGGCAUGGCCUAAUCCAGCGGGCUCCUUCAGUUCCCAUGAAUCCAGUGGUAAAGCCAUGGCCUUUCAGAUGA